AUGGCGGCUGGGCCGUCCCGGAAAAUAUCCGCCGCCUCUGCCAGGGCUCACACCCGCAGACCCAGGGCCAAGACUGCUUCCAAAUUCUCAGGGAUAUUGAAGAAAAUAUUGGUUGUUGUGUUCGUGGGACUUUUAGCUUGGGCGUACCAGGCAACAAGGCCUCCACCUCCAAAGACGUGUGGCUCAGCAGACGGGCCCCCAGUUACAGCUUCGAGAGUUCAGCUUAGGGAUGGUAGAUACUUGGCUUAUCACGAAUUCGGUGUAACAAAGGAAAUCGCGAAGCGCAAGAUAGUUUUUAUCCAUGGGUUUCAUUCUUGCAGGCACGAUGUUUCUACAUUAACUGCCUACCUUUCCCCGGAUAUAGUUGAAAAUGAAGGAAUCAGCAUCAUCUCGUUUGAUAGGCCUGGUUAUGGCGAGAGUGAUCCUCAUCCAACACGCACGGUCAAGAGCUUGGCUUUGGAUAUUGAGGAGCUUGCGGAUCGGUUGGGUUUAGGAUCCAAAUUUUAUGUUGUCGGGUUUUCCAUGGGCGGACAGGUUGUGUGGAGCUGCCUCAAGUAUAUUCCUCAUAGAUUAGCAGGAGCAGCUCUGAUUGCGCCAGUUGUCAAUUAUUGGUGGCCCGCACUUCCUUCAAACCUGUCCGGACCUGCGUACGUGCUGCAGCCGAAACAAGACCAGUGGGCCCUUCGUGUAGCUCACUACCUGCCAUGGCUUACUUACUGGUGGAACACCCAAAGAUUUUUCCCUGUUUCGAGUGUUAUUGCUGGGGACCUGGUAAAUUUUUCCGAUCAAGACAAGGAACUGCUUCCAAGACUGAUUUCCAGAAAAAGAGAAUAUCAGGAGGUGCCAACUCAGCAGGGGGUUUUUGAGAGCCUUCAUCGUGAUACGAUGAUCGGGUUUGGAAGAUGGGAAUUUGAUCCAACGGAUAUCGAGAACCCAUUCUCGAAAGGCGAGGGUUCGGUUCACUUGUGGCAAGGGGAUGAUGACCGUCUCGUUCCGGUUUCACUACAACGUUACAUUGCUGAAAAGCUGCCAUGGAUUCAUUAUCACGAGCUGCCGGGCGCAGUAGCGCCGCGCCGCGGUAGUUCUUGCGCCCAGCGUAACGGGCGUACAGAGCCUCAGAUAUUCAGCGUCACGCCGUGUUGUGUCCUCACGCCACGGCAGUACCAGAUCACCGCGCCGCACUGCGCCACUUCCCGCGAGGACUGUCGCGCCCAGACUUUUCAUGCUACUUGCCCGCUCUUCACGUCGCGACACUCUUCACGCCGCGACAUACGUGGUCCCUCACGUCGCACCCAGGCGCCUCAUGCCAUGUCACCUGCGGGUAUAUAUAUAUGCGAUCGACUUUGUUCAGAAGAUUCACAUCUCUCAACUGAGUGA